GCCAUGGUGGGGCAGAGGUUGGGAAGAUGGCGUGGCGAGGCUUGGCGCAGAGAGGCUGGGGCUGUGGUCAGGCGUGGUCUCCGCCGGCGGGCGGCCGCAGCUGCGAGGAGCUCACUGCAGCCCUGGGUCAGCCGCGGCUGCUCGGGCGCAGGUUUAAUGUUUUUAUUCAGCAAAAAUGUGGAUUCAGAAAAGCACCCAGGAAGGUUGAACCUCGAAGAUCAGAAACAGGAACAAGUAGUGAAGCAUACAAGAGAAGUGCUUUGAUUCCUCCUGUAGAAGAAACAGCCUUUUAUCCUUCUCCUUAUCCUAUAAGGACUCUUGUAAAGCCUUUGUUUUUUACUGUUGGGUUUACAGGCUGUGCAUUUGGAUCAGCUGCCAUUUGGCAAUAUGAAUCACUGAAAUCCAGGGUGCAGAGUUAUUUUGAUGGUAUAAAAGCUGAUUGGUUGGAUAGCAUAAGACCACAGAAGGAAGGAGACUUCAGAAAGGAGAUUAACAAGUGGUGGAAUAACCUAAGUGAUGGCCAGCGGACUGUGACAGGUAUCAUAGCUGCAAAUGUUUUUGUAUUUUGUUUGUGGAGAGUACCUUCUCUACAGCGGACGAUGAUCAGAUAUUUCACAUCCAGUCCAGCCUCAAAGGUCCUUUGUUCUCCAAUGUUGCUGUCAACGUUCAGUCAUUUCUCCUUGUUUCACAUGGCAGCAAAUAUGUACGUCUUGUGGAGCUUCUCCUCCAGCAUAGUGAACAUUCUUGGUCAAGAGCAGUUCAUGGCAGUGUACUUAUCUGCAGGUGUUAUUUCCAAUUUUGUUAGUUAUGUGUGUAAAGUUGCCACAGGAAGAUAUGGACCAUCACUUGGUGCAUCGGGCGCAAUCAUGACUGUCCUUGCAGCUGUCUGCACUAAGAUCCCAGAAGGGAGGCUCGCCAUUAUCUUCCUUCCAAUGUUCACGUUCACGGCAGGGAAUGCCCUAAAAGCCAUUAUUGCCGUGGAUACAGCAGGAAUGAUCCUGGGAUGGAAAUUUUUUGAUCAUGCAGCACAUCUUGGGGGAGCUCUCUUUGGAAUAUGGUAUAUUACUUAUGGUCAUGAACUCAUUUGGAAGAACAGGGAGCCUCUAGUGAAAAUUUGGCAUGAAAUGAGGACUAACGGCCCCAAAAAAGGAGGUGGCUCUAAGUAAAACUGGGGUUGGACAAUACUGGUACGACUGGUCCAUGCUGUCUGAAGCCCUAGGAAUGCAUCGGCCCUGGAGUGACCACAUCUUUGCUCCUGCCUGGAAGACACUGAGCAUCUAGCUUUCCCAGUAUUUUAAACUAUGUCCCCAGUACAUGUCUCAUUAGAAAAUGAAUUAUGACAAAGUUGUGAAAUAAAGGUUUAUAUCUCUA